AUGCGAACCCGAAUCACUGCGACCCGGCCGUUCCUCUCCGUAUCCUUCGCUGCCGUCACCAGUCGACCUGCCUUGGCAGCGCGUCCCCGGAACCUCGCGCCGCUGUUGUCGGGGAGGCAGAUCCACGCUCGUGCCACCGAGUAUCUGCCCACCAACCUGCCCGGGUGGACAGAGUCUCAGCUUGAAGUCCGCCAAGCUAUUGCCAAGAUCUGCUCCAAGUUCCCCGACGAGUACUGGUUGGAGAAAGACACGCAGGAAAAGUUCCCUUGGGAGUUUCAGAAGGAGCUCGCAGAAAAUGGCUGGCUGGGCAUAUGUCUUCCCGAGAAGUACGGCGGCUCCAGCCUCGGCAUAUCAGAAGCAGCUGUCAUGAUGCAGACCAUUUCCGAGUCGGGUGCCUGCAACAACGGAGCCUCUACGGUCCAUAUGAAUAUCUUCGGGUUGGAGCCCGUUGUUAAGUUCGGAACAGAAGAACAAAAGAAACGAUAUCUGCCGCCUCUGAUCCAGGGCAAGGAACGCGCCUGUUUUGGCGUCACGGAGCCCAACACUGGCCUAGAUACCCUGCGCCUACAGUCCUCGGCACGUCUGUCCUCAGAUGGAAAGUACUACACUCUGAAGGGCUCUAAAGUAUUUAUUUCUACGGCGCAAGUGGCAGAGAAGAUUCUCAUCCUAGCCCGCACAACACCUCUAGCAGAGUGUAAGAAGCCGACCGAGGGACUCUCGGUCUGGUAUACAGACCUCGACCGUUCUGCCGUCCAGGUGAACAAGAUUCCAAAGAUGGGCCGAAACGCGGUGGACACAAACGCCUUGUUCUUCGAGGACUGGAAAGUCCCUGUAGAGGAUAUGAUCGGUGGGGAAGGGGACGGGUUCAAGAUCAUCAUGCACGGACUUAAUGCCGAACGUAUCUUGGUGGCCGCUGAGGCUCUGGGAAUCGGAUACGCCGCUCUGCGCCGUGCCUGCAACUACUCGGCAGACAGAGUCGUAUUUGGAAAUCCCAUCGGCAAAUACCAGGCCAUCCAGCACCCCCUUGCCGAGUGCUGGAUGAGUCUCGAGGCUGCUCGGCUCAUGGUCUAUCUAGCAGGCCGACUCUACGAUGAGGGCUACACCGAUGGCGACUACGCAAACGCGGGCAAAUAUCUGGCCGCAGAAGCCGCGUUCAACACGGCACAGAGGGCCGUCAUGUCUCUCGGAGGCAUGGGAUUCACCAAGGAGUACCAUGUGGAGCGUUACAUGAGGGAAGCGACCCUAUCGAGAAUCGCACCUGUGAGUGCUGAGAUGAUCAAGAACUACAUCGGGCAGCGCGUAUUGGGGCUGCCGAAGAGCUAUUAG